GAAACGUCGGUCUCGCUGCGCUCCUCUGUGCGCGGAGACUCUCGGUGCGCAGCGCGGAGGUGCUAGACGAGGACGCGCACGGCGUUUAUCCCUGCUGGGGUUUUGGUUUCUUUUUUUCUUUUUUAGCACACAGGGGAUCGUACACCUUUUAAUUCCAGGAGGAAGCUGCGAGUUGAGUGGCCGUCCCUGCAUCCAUCCCACCGCAACUUGUCAAGGCACAAGUGAGCCGGAGCGGACAGCAGAGCUGAUAGCGUCACAGUCACGGGACCGUUUGACAACGACUUGCUCCAGACUCCGUUUGCCAGAGGUUGGAGCGGAGCCACAGAGCUGAAGAGAGACUAAUGUGCGAUGGCUUAAAGACAACCCGAAGGACCUGAAAGCCAUCAGUGGCACAGAGUGCCAACAAGGUCAUCUGGCUAACGGAUGGUUUGUCCCACUGUUCCUUUUUAAAGACUGAUGGAGUUGUCAUGAUGCUCAAAGAAAUACCAGUGGACCUUUGAAGAAUGAAUUUUCCGAACCACUGGAUUGUUCUGGAGGGAAAAGGCGUCCAAGGUCAAAGAAAAGUCAUCAACAGCGAAAUCAGUUGGCCUUUUCUCAGAUCAAGGAUUCUUCUUUGGGAGACAGAAUUAUUCAUGACUUUCCAAGCAGAUGAACUUUAGAAAAGCUGUCAUCACAAAAUAAGUUCAAAAUAGUAAUAUUAAGAUAGCUUAGUUUUAGAUGGCCUGCUUUGAGACAAUGCAAUAAAAUUGUUAUUUUUGUUGCUUUAAAAAUUGCCCCUCAGGGUAUUAUCCUUAUGGUCAUAAUUUAAAAACUGCAGUGAAAGAUACUAUAAUCAAAAUGACUGUUCAUGCUGCAACAAAAGCAGGUACUCUGCAGGUGGUAUGAUUCCAAAAUGCUCCAUGAAGUGCCCUGUAUUCAGCAGAUAACCUCAUAUUUAUUUGUGAUCUUAUUGAUUUACUUCUAAGAUCUUACACAAAGGCCUUUUGUAUUUGAAAAUACAACUGAAAAGAAAACUCAUGCAUCUUUUAUAUUACAGAUAAAUAACCAGGGUGAGUUUAUUUUUUCUUUAUUUAGUUUUUCAUCAAAAUGGCUCUUUCGUGGACAGCGAGGACUUGGACAUUGGCAGCAUUGGCUUUUCUUGGCUGCAGUAGUUUCGGCUGGUGUGACGCCUCAAGGACUAUUGGUUCAACAUCGGGAGGAAGUACACAGGACCAAGGAGCCUCAUCGUUGGAACGAGUGAAGAGAGGAUGGGUGUGGAACCAGUUUUUUGUCGUGGAAGAGUACACAGGGACAGAGCCCCUCUAUGUAGGAAAGAUCCACACAGAUUCUGACGAAGGAGAGGGGAACAUCAAGUACACUAUCUCUGGAGAAGGUGCGGGCUCUAUAUUCAUCAUUGAUGAGCAAACGGGGGACAUCCACGCUACAGAGAGGCUGGACCGAGAAGAGAAAGCGUUUUACACACUUAGGGCCCGGGCCCGGGACCAGCUUUCCAAUGACCCCCUGGAACCAGAGUCGGAGUUUGUCAUCAAGGUCCAGGACAUCAACGACAGUGAGCCCAAGUUCUUGGAGGGUCCCUACAUCGGCAGUGUGGCAGAGCUGUCCCCCAUAGGAACAUCCGUUAUGAAGGUGACUGCAUCAGAUGCUGACGACCCCACCUACGGCAGCAGCGCCAGGGUUGUGUACAGCGUACUGGAUGGAGAGAAGAUUUUCACUGUCGACAGACACACAGGAAUCAUCAUGACAGCAGUGGCAGAUUUGGACCGUGAGACACAGGAUCGGUAUGAGUUGGUCGUCAAGGCAACAGACAUGGCCGGACAAAUGGGCGGUCUCUCGGGCUCCACCACGGUGACCAUAGUGAUCACAGAUGUUAAUGACAACCCCGCCGCGCUUCCCCACAGAAUGUACCAGUUUUCGGUGUCAGAGGGGGCGGCUGUGGGUACUCCGGUUGGACGCGUCAUUGCAACGGAUGCCGACAUGGGAGAUAACACCGACAUGAGCUAUCUGAUCAAAGAGGAAGGAGAGCUCUUUAAGGUCACUACAGACGUAGAGACACAGGAAGCUGUUGUCUCCAUCAAGAAGCCACUGGACUUCGAGGCCAAGCGCACACACAAUGUUGUUGUGGAGGCCGUGAAUAAGCACGUCGACCCCCGCUUCGCCAACCUCGGUUCCUUCCGAGACGAGACCAUCGUUUGCGUCAGUGUGUCAGACGUGGACGAGCCUCCCGUCUUCCAACCAGCGGAGGGCGCUAUCAUGGAGGUGCAGGAGGACGCCAAAGUAGGAGCGCUGGUUGGCGUCGUGGCUGCAAGGGAUCCAGAUGUGAAGAAUAAACCUGUCAGGUUCUCCAUCGAUCGGACCACGGACCAGGACAUGAUCUUCCAUAUCGAUCCCGAUUCGGGUGCCAUCACGCUGGAAAAGAUUUUGGACCGUGAGACGGCAGGAUGGCACAACAUCACAGUGAGGGCUGUAGAAGCAGAUAAUCACACCAUGGCGUCCCACUCGGCACUCAGUAUCCGUAUUCUGGAUGUAAACGACAAUCCUCCUGAACUCGCCACACCAUACGAAGCCUCCAUAUGCGAAGAUGCCAAACCGGGACAGCUAAUUCACACCAUCAGUGUGGUGGACAGAGACGAGCCACAAUCAGGUCAUCGCUUCUACUUCACCCUCGCCCCCGAGGCCUCCAGCAAUCGACACUUCACCCUCUGGGAUGUCAAAGACAACACAGCCGGCAUCCGGACCCAGCGGUCAGGCUUCAACCGCCAUGAGCAGAAUGUGUACUUCCUGCCCAUCCUGGUGGUCGACAGCGGGCCCCCCUCCCUCAGCUCCACAGGCACCCUGACCAUCCACGUCUGUGGCUGCGACACAGAAGGAGCCAUCCAGUCGUGCAACGCCACGGCCUACGUAAUAAGUGCCGCUCUCAGCCCGGGGGCACUCAUAGCACUACUGGUCUGCAUGCUCAUCCUCAUAGUCCUCGUCUUGCUGAUCCUGACCCUGAAACGCCACAGGAAAGGCCAGAGGAUGACGGAGGACGAGGAGGACAUGAGGGACAACGUCAUCAAGUACAACGACGAGGGCGGAGGGGAGCAGGACACUCAGGCGUACGACAUGAGCGCCCUGAGAAACCUCUACGACUUCCCGGAGGCAAAGAGCAGCGACUCUGGCCCGGACAUCCGCUCGCUGCCGCAAUGGAUACAGUCCAACCGGGCGGGCGGCGGUGCAGAGGGCGCUGCGGCGGCAGCGGCGGCAGACUUCUCACUAUUCAAAGGCUACAUCCGAAAGAAGGUGGAGCAGGCCGACGCUGAUCUGACGGUGCCGCCGUACGACUCCUUCCAGACGUACGCCUUCGAGGGCACCAGUUCACCGGCGCUGUCGCUGAGCUCCAUCCACACGCUGUCCACCACCUCCGAGCAAGAUUUCUCCUACCUCAGCGACUGGGGACCACGUUUCAGGCAACUGGCGGGCUACUACGCGCCAGGAAAUCCUGAGGAGGAAGGGUCCUAGCACAGCGUCCCCUCCGGAGCGAGACGUUUGAACUGCUUCGUCCUUCUGGCACUGUGUACAACCCGAAAAUCUCUGAAACUCUGAAAUCAAGAUUGCUUUUUUCUUUUAACUACAGUUUAAAAGUUUUCAGCCUUUGGCUCUAACUGAAAAAUGUACACACGAACAUUGCUUCUUACGCUACAUGGGUGAUUUUUCGCUCUCCAGAAUCACACAUUACAACCUUUAAUUUGAGCGGUGAGACUGUUCUCAAAGUAAUGACAUGGUGUGGGAGGGGUCAAACUAUGCCAAGCCAAGCUGUCAAACAGGUAUUUAUUGAGGGAAAAAAAAGUAUUUAUGUAUUUAUGUAUUUUUUUUUUUUUAAGUAUUUAUUUAUUUAUUUAUCAACGCGAUGACCGCUACGUUAACCGAAAGAAUGAACUCUGCUGAAGUGCUAAAGACGAAUCGAGGGGAGGAGGACAUUAUCAGAACAAAUGACAGACAACACGGAAGAAGAAAAGACUGCAGUUAAGGAUGAGACAUCUGGGACAUACAAAAUGACAUUCUGGAAAAUAUUUGUAUUUAUUUUCUAUGACCACUUUUGUAAAAUAACCAACGUUUUUCUUUUCAAGUCUUUGUUGAAAAGCCGAGGCAAGUACAAAUAGAUUGAAAAGAUGGAGUGAAAGAACUGUAGAAAAAAAGCUGGGAAUUAAUUGAACUGUUGAGACUGACUUACUUUUGCUGUAUUUUAGUGAUUUAUAAAAGGUUUUUUGACGGUUUCCGACCACAGGACAAUUGUGCGUUAACAGUUUCUUUUCUUAUUCUUAUUCUUUCCACAGCCAAUUGUAAGGCAAUGAGGCACAAACCGCAACAAUGAUUUAACACUUAACAAAAUUACUGUUCAAUGGAAUUGGUCGGUUGCCAGCAUUGACCCGCAGAAGCCAGCUUUCAUUCCUGAUUUUGUGGCUGUGUGUACAAUAUGUUUUAUUCAUUUGAUAUCCCGAGACAUCAGAUUUUCUUUUGGCCAUUUUGUUUCCUUUAGCGGAUGGAGGUGCCUAAUUAAAGGGGAAUGCUUUAAGGGUGACACCUGAUGAAUGGACCCAUCACAUCCGCUUGAUAUCCACAACCUGUUAGUUGUUGACCUGAAAUUGCAAAUGUAUUGAAAAAAAAAAAAGAAAUAAAUAUUUAAUUUUUUGGGUAAAAAAACCUACAUCUCACUUAAAUGACUGAAUAACAUUACUCAGCAAAUGAGAUCGGGGCCAGGUAUAUAUAAUACUAACGUUUUUUGCCACUUGUUUGUUUAGAUGUCACCUGAAUUAUGAGUAAUUGUGCAGCCAACUUGCAUUUACACCAUGGGGACAGCCAGAGCCCAGGAUGGAAACAAACGAACCACAUGACAGGCCACAUCAAACAAAGACUUUCCUCUCAGCAUGGUUCCCUCCUGCCAAACUACUGUAAUUGUCAUAGCUGCCGAGAGGAUGCUGAGGCAUACGUUGAUGCUUUUAUCGUUAUGAUCUGCAGGUAAAAUGGCCACUCAAACCGUGGGAUUCAUAUUUACUUGCCUUCAGCUACAAAUAAAAAAGGUCAGCUUUUUUA